UGCAAUAUCAUUAUUGGGCCUAAUCAUUACACGGUACAUAGCCUCCCAUAGUUAACGCAAGAACGAUGGCUGAAAACCCACCAAAAAGGCAAAAGACCUCGGAGUCGGAAGAGAAAAUUGAAUGUGAUGCAUUGCGGAAUUUCAAAGGAUUCAAAAUCAAGAGAAUUUUGAACCAGAACUUGUCAUCUAAAUCGGUUUUCUUACUGGGAAAUUUGUACAGCGAAUCUUCACCGGGGUCAGCAGGAGACGCGAGUAGCGGUACGCCGGAAGGCGGGGUAGCGUGUGACGAUGCAGACCCACAGAGCAGCGGAAAUGACCAGGCCGUUGUAUUGCUAGAGAAGACUGCAUUUACAGAAGACUUGUUACCUACUUUGAUGUCAGAUAAAUCUGUUCUCAAUCGUUCAAUGCAGAAUGAUAUUUACGGUGUGUAUGAAUGCUUCCCACCCAAGGAACUGUCUGGAAUAAAAACAACCUUGAUCUAUCCUGCUACUGAGAAACACAUCCAGAAAUACUCUGCUCAGGAUGUGCAUCUCAUCAAUGAAUCCUACCAGGACUACAAGAACAUCACACUGCCAUAUAUUGAGGAAAAGCAGUUCAAUAUUCAGUGGGUGUACAAUAUCUUGGAGAAGAAAGCCGAAUCCGAGCGUAUCGUCUCUGAAGAUCCCGAUCCUGAGACGGGCUUUGUGAUGUUACCAGACAUGAAAUGGGAUGAGAAACAGACCAGCAAUCUCUAUCUCAUCGUCAUCAUCCAUCAGCGAGGUAUCAAGAGUCUACGUGAUCUCAGUACUUCUCAUCUUCCGCUGCUACGUAACAUCCAGGAAAAGUGUUUGAAAUGUAUCCAAGAGAAGUACAGCAUACCAGCUGACGAGCUCAGAGCAUACCUACACUACCAGCCCUCCUACUACCACCUCCAUGUACAUUUCACCCAUCUCAAGUUUAAUGCUCCCGGUACCAACGUCGACCGCGCCCAUCUCUUAUCCUCGGUCAUAGAGAACAUUGAGCUGAUGCCUGAUUAUUACCAGAGGAAACCUCUUGCGUAUGUCCUCCGAGAGAACGAUGGACUCCUGGCAAAGUUCAGAGAAGCGAGAGCUGGGAAUGGACAGUGAAAGCGGUGAAGUACAUCAUGGUUUGUUUCCUUCUUUGAAAUGGACUUGCUUUGGGCAUUGAGUGCACAAUGAUGCUCACGUUUGAGAAGAAAUGAAGCUCAAAAAUAUUUGUUGUUGUAUGAUGCAGUAAUCUUUUGUUUGCUUCACAAUUAUCAUCAAAAUUUUGGACUUGAUCAAACACAUACAGUGCUUGUGAGGUAGAGUCGCCUUAGUGUAGUGUCCUUUGGUUUGAGAGAUUUUUCUUCCAUUAUAUUGCAGCCGAAGAGAUAAAAGUAGCAAUAAACGCUCAAGAUAUUACACAAUUACUAGCCUUCGUUUUUAAAAAGUAUUAUUUUACGAAGCAAAAAUUGUGACU